UUAGCGGGUGGGAGGUGCGGCCGGGUUGCUACAGCCAGAGCUGGGCGGCGGCGGCAGACUUUGCCUGAGGAAUCUCGCCGAGCCUUGGGCGGUGGCGCAAUGGAGGGACUGGAAGAAAAUGGAAGUGUUCAAGUUGGAGAAUUGUUACCUUGCAAGAUUUGUGGAAGAACAUUCUUUCCAGUAGCAUUAAAAAAACAUGGACCCAUUUGUCAGAAAACUGCUACUAAAAAACGGAAGACUUUUGAUUCAAGUAGACAGAGAGCUGAAGGAACUGAUAUUCCAACAGUAAAACCUCUUAAACCGAGGCCAGAACCACCAAAGAAACCAUCUAAUUGGAGAAGAAAACAUGAAGAAUUCAUUGCUACCAUAAGAGCAGCCAAAGGCCUUGAUCAGGCACUUAAAGAGGGUGGCAAACUUCCUCCUCCUCCUCCACCUUCUUAUGACCCUGAUUAUAUCCAGUGUCCAUAUUGCCAGAGGAGAUUCAAUGAAAAUGCAGCUGAUAGACAUAUAAAUUUCUGUAAAGAACAGGCUGCACGUAUUAGUAAUAAAGGCAAAUUUUCUACCGAUACCAAAGGAAAACCAACUUCUCGGACACAGGUAAUAUACACAAUUUUAUAUAAGUCUCCUGCACUUAAAAAGUCAAAUUCUCCUGGAACCACACCAUCAGCAUCUUCACGAUUACCACAACCAAGUGGAGCGAGCAAAACUGUAGUAGGUGUGCCUUCAGGUAAAGUGUCUUCAGUUAGCAGUUCUUUGGGAAACAAACUUCCAACUUUGUCUCCCUCGCAUAAAGGGAUAGCAGCCCCUCAGGCCGGAGCUAACAUCAAACCUCGAAAUUCCACACCACCUAGUUUGGCAAAAAAUCCUGCCUCAGGUGUGCUUACAAACAAAAGAAAAACAUAUACCGAAAGCUACAUAGCCAGGCCAGAUGGAGACUAUUCAUCUUCACUUAAUGGUGGAAAUAUUAAAGGCAUUGAAGGAAAUUCAUCUGGACACUUACCAAAAUUCUGCCAUGAGUGUGGGACUAAAUACCCUGUAGAAUGGGCCAAGUUCUGCUGUGAAUGUGGCAUUCGAAGAAUGAUUCUGUGAAUAGAAUUGCAAAAGAAAAUGAGCCAAGUUCAGAGUUUUACGAGUAUGGCUGCUUGGAUGUCUAGAGCACUUCCUCUAGUUAUUUUGUGCUUAAAAUUUUCAAAAUACUUUUUCCAGUAAUUUUUGGAACAUAAUCUUUUCACUCUGUAAUGUGUGUGUAUAUAUGUGUACAUAUACUGUACAUAAUAAACACCUGAUCCCCGAUUGUGCCAUUCAAGGAAAUAUUCACUUAUCUGUCAGAAAAUAAUUUCAAGUGGAAUAAUUAAUUUAGAUAAUACUUUCUGUUAUUGGUAAAGCACAUUAGGUGUACGUCUACAAAUUCUCCUUCUCUAGUGCUUAAUCCUUCAAGCUUUGAAUAAUCAUACCUGCUAGCAAAAAAUUGAAUAAGCAUUUACAUUAUCGGUGCCUCUCUUCAGAUAGUAUCAUAGUAGGAUGGAUGCUGGGAGUUAUGUAAUUAAGGAAGUAUGUGAGGUCACUUUCUUGUUGAGCUCUUCAAUAACUUAUUUUAUCCUAAAAAAUAGGAGAGGAAAAAAGGUUUUAUAGUAACAAUGUAAUUUAAAAAUCUUUACCUGUUCUAUAAAAAUGUAAUUAUGUGAUUUCCUUUUCAGAAACACAACACUAAACAUAGAAAUGUAUCUUACUCUAUUUAUAACAGAAAGAUUUGUUUUACUUCUGUGUGUAUUAGUUGAACAUAUAUUUUUUUUUACUUCCACUUGUGUUUCCACAUUUCAUUUUAUUCUUUCUUUUCCACACUGUCUGAAGAGUAGUUUUAAUUUACUAAUUCAUUUGGUGCAAUAUUUGAAAAUGUAAUUAUUUAGCAUAAGAUACACAAAGUGCACCACAAAAUCUCACAUGUUUUAAAAAAUUAGAUUUUAUGUAUCUGAAUUUGGAAGAAAUUAUUGCAGUGCGUUUUAAAACAAAUCAUCUCACCUGUUAAAUAAUAGUUGUGGUAAUUUAAUCAUUAGUGCAGAGCAUGAAGAUAAAUAUUUGAAUUUUAGUUACUUGAAGUAGUUAGAUGUAGUUUGAGUAGGUUAAGAUAAUAUCUAAUUUUCCUACUCAUAUUUUAUUCUUUAAUGUUUAAUGUUGAAACAGCUUUCAUGUUGCAAUAAAAGCCACUGAAAAUGUAUUGUUUUAAUACAUAGUGGACUUAUGUAAUUAAACAUACACAAAAAUUUAAUUUUUUUCUCUUUAGGCCAAAAUACAACUCUUAAUCAUUAUCUCAUUCAGUGUAACAUAGUAUCUACUAGUAGAGAUCUUUGUGGCUUGUGCAACCACAUUUAGUAAUUCCAUAAUAAUUUCUGUCCAAACAAGCUUAAGAGAGCUUUUGUCUUAUUAUAAAGGUACGCAGAAAUCUUAAGUGGCUUACAUAGAUUCUUUUUGUUUAUGGUUUUGACCAUCUGUAAGAAUCAAUGUAAAUAUUUGUGGCUUAUAAUUUUUCUGAAAUUUUUUAACUUAGCUUCUUUUUUUCUUUUUUUUUUUUUUAAUUUGUUUAGUUUGGGCAGGGAAUAUAAACUUGGUGGUAAUAGGAAUUGUCAUUUUACUUAUAGUUUCUUUCCUGAUAUUUUUAUUAGCUUUGUCCCCCUAGUUAUUUUUAUUCAGUCAUAUUGGUCAAAACAAACACAAAUAGUCUACCAACUAGAAUAAGCUGUAACGAAUUUAAAAAACUAGUGUACAUAUUAUGUUUCCAUUUCAAUAACUUUCAUUCUGUCCUAGUUGUAAAUUCCAUGAAGAACUUUAAACUAGAUAAAACUUGUUUUAUCUAGGAGUGAGGACUGUUUUCUUUUAGGUAUUUUUUUAAGGCCACAUAAUUUUUUUUUCUGCUUACAGAACAGGUAAAUACAUGAGUUUAAAUUAAAUAAUUGGCACAUAUUGAAUUUUACAGUAGCAAAUAAAUGUUAUAAUGUACCACAUGGAAAUAAGUUGUUAAUGAAUCAUCCAAUUUCAGAUCCCAGAGAAAUAUAGAAGAUAAAAUAGGUUUAUGACUUAUGAGACAUGUUGUGACAAUGUAUUUAAGUGCAUUUUUAUACUACUUGUAUAUUUUAUCCUCAUAUUGAUUUGUUGUGCAAUAGUUCAGUUUUAAAGAAAUUUUCCUAUGCAUCAUUUAUUUUAUUUUUAUUUAUUUUCACAAGAAUUUGACAAUGUGGUAGAAUAACAUGAUUGUAAGCUUAAAUUAAAAAUGUAAAAAUUCUUUAUAUAUUCUGAAGGUUAUUAGCUUGAAAAAUAAGAUUAUUGUGGCUAUUGUUUCUUGUACACUAUGUGUUUUUUUAGUUACAAAUUAUGUCUUCAUUUUUGCAUCUAUUCAAUAAAGACAUAAAGCAUAAAAGA